GACGCCGUUCGAUUGGCUGACGCUCUGAUGAGUCCACAACGUUCUAGCAUCGCUCUAUGGCGUCCACAACACUGAACAUAGCGAUCCCAAGUCCCAUAGGCUACAGAAAAAGGCCGUUGCUAGUUGAAGGCCGUAUUUUGAGUUGUUUAUUAAAGCUCUGAAUAUGAAGAACACUGUGUACGAACAGCUCCAUCUCAUACGUCCUUCUCGUGACGCAUAAUUUAUCGCUGGGUCGUGAGGAAGAUUUAAGAGAAUCUUGAGGACUCCAGUUUGAUCGAUGCACAAACUGGAUAAUCAAAUCGCGUGUAUAACUGUACGGAAUUAGAGGAUGGCUGGAAUUGGGAACAGUUCAACAUCUGGAAUGGGUGACAUCAUCCAGCUGAAUGUCGGAGGAACGAGAUUCAGCACAUCAAGGCAGACUCUGACAUGGAUUCCUGACUCUUUCUUCUCGAGUUUACUUAGUGGAAGAAUAUCAACACUACGGGAUGAAACUGGAGCUAUAUUUAUUGACAGAGACCCAACAGCAUUUGCACCCAUUUUAAACUUUCUUCGAACUAAAGAAUUGGACUUGAGGGGGGUUAACAUAAGUAUCCUGCGACAUGAAGCCGAGUUCUAUGGUAUUACACCCUUAGUCCGACGCUUACUGCUUUGUGAAGAACUGGAGCGAUCGUCAUGUGGAAGUGUGUUGUUUCAUGGCUACCUCCCUCCACCAGCUCUCCCAGCGCGGAGCAGUGCCGGAGGGCAGGGUGCAGCUGUUGCAGGUCCAGAGGAGCGCUCAGGCCCCAGUGGCGCAGAGGGGGGUUACCCUCGUUCUUGCCCUCAGUCUUCUCUCCCUGGACCCUCUGGAGCAGAUGGACCUCAAAGACUGGGAUCACCAGUGGACCCUAGGAAGGUGCUGAUUGUCGCUGGCCAUCAUAACUGGAUUGUAGCUGCUUAUGCACAUUUUGUCAUUUGCUACAGGAUAAAGGAAUCAUCCGGCUGGCAGCAGGUGUUUUCCAGCCCUUACCUGGACUGGGCCAUCGAGCGGGUGGCCCUCAAUGCAAAAGUUGUAGGUGGCCCACAUGGAGAUAAAGACAAGAUGGUGGCAGCGUCAUCAGAGAGCAGCAUUAUAUUGUGGAGUAUCCAGGAUGGAGGCAGCGGAAGUGAAAUAGGUGUGUUCAGUCUUGGAGUACCAGUUGACUCUCUGUUCUUCAUUGGGAGUCAGCUGGUUGCCACCAGUCACACGGGGAAGGUAGGAGUGUGGAACGCUGUCACCCAGCACUGGCAGGUGCAGGAUGUAGUGCCCAUCACGAGCUGCGACACUGCUGGCUCCUUCCUCUUGCUGGGCUGUAACAACGGCUCAGUUUACUAUAUUGACAUGCAGAAGUUUCCACUGAGAAUGAAGGACAAUGAUUUGUUGGUGACAGAGCUGUACCACGACCCAUCGAACGAUGCCAUCACGGCCCUCAGUGUCUACCUGACUCCUAAAACCAGUGUGAGUGGGAACUGGAUUGAGAUAGCCUAUGGAACCAGCUCAGGGGCCGUGCGUGUGAUCGUGCAGCAUCCAGAGACCGUUGGAUCUGGUCCACAGCUCUUCCAGACCUUCACUGUCCAUCGCAGCCCUGUCACUAAGAUUAUGCUCUCUGAAAAGCACUUAGUUUCAGUGUGUGCUGACAAUAAUCACGUACGCACAUGGACGGUGACGCGCUUCAGAGGCAUGAUCUCCACUCAGCCAGGAUCUACUCCGCUGGCCUCCUUUAAGAUCAUCUCACUGGAGGAGACAGAGAGCCACAGCAGCUAUUCCUCCGGCAAUGACAUUGGCCCAUUUGGAGAGAGAGAUGACCAACAGGUGUUCAUUCAGAAAGUCAUUCCUAUUACCAACAAACUCUUUGUUCGUCUCUCCUCUACGGGAAAAAGGAUCUGUGAGGUGCAGGCUGUAGAUGGCACCACCAUCACGUGUUUUACAGUGCGAGAGUGUGAAGGCUCGAGCCGCAUGGGCUCCAGACCCCGCCGUUACCUCUUCACUGGCCAUGCAAAUGGGAGCAUUCAGAUGUGGGACCUCACCACCGCCAUGGACACGGUCAACAAGAGUGACGACAAAGCCAAGCGGGAACCAGAGGUGGGAGGUCCAACUGAGGAGGAGCUGCUGAAGCUGCUUGACCAAUGUGAUUUGAGCACAUCUCGCUGUGCCACGCCCAACAUCAGCCCCGCCCCCUCCGUGCUGCAGCACAGCCGGCUGCGAGAGUCCUGCUCCAGUCUUCAGCUGCAGGCUCAGGAGCCCAUCCCUGAGACGGCCACCUAUGGAGCCUUGCGGCCGUACCGAGAAAGCCCCUUGCUGGCCCGCGCUCGACGCACAGAGAGCUUCCACAGCUACAGAGACUUCCACAGCUUAAACCUGACCAAGGCCCUGCUGGAGAACCAUGGAGAGUGCGGAUCCAUGGAGGACGAGAACAAUGCUGAGGACCCCGACAAAAGGAACUCUACCAUGGACCUCUGGGGGUCCAGAUCAUCUGAAACCCAGUCUGCAGCUGCACGCAAACCCCCAGACAGCCCCGGAGACCAGCAGCGAAGGGCCCAUUUGAUGGAGGAAGGGGCUGCAGACUCUAGACCGGAUGGAGGCAGGAGGAGGGGAGCAUUUGAAGCUAAUUUUCUAAGCAGGAAAAAGGGCCCUCCGGUUCCACAGCUGAGCCCCCCACCAGCAGGAGCUGAUGGAGGGGGCAGCGACUCGUCCAGCACCGCCUCACCCUCGCCAACUAAAGUGUCCACAUCUCCACGCCAUCGCAAGGCUCCUGACACAGCAUGUGAGUGAUGGUUAACACAGAUUUGUCAUGCGCAGAGGACGUACCAAAUACAAUAAUCAAUGACAGGGAAAAGAAAGGAGAUGAAUGGAUGAUUUAAAAAGUGAAGUGUUUCAGAACGUAGACGUGAAGGUUUGGCAGGACGGCAACUGGCAGCUAAAAAACUCACUCACUGUGGACAGAUUUAAAGGGAAAAUGCACAAUACAAAUGCCAUGUCAAUUUCACAUGUCUGUUAACCAGUUAAAAGAAUUUAUUUAGCUUUUAUUUAGCAGACAGAUGACACUUCAGCAUUAUAGACCUAAUCCUCUCUUUGCUGCUUUUUCCAGGCUUAAAAAUCAGAUACAUUUACUUUUAAUUCCUUGGAGAAAAUGAAUAAAGAGUGACUAGAUGAAUUAUUAUUCAGUUAGACUUUAGCUUUGUACACCUGCACUGCAAUUAUUAUUAUUUUUUGUCCAUUAGAUAGUCCACCCUAAAAUGAAAACGUGUAGAAAUGAAUAAAGAAUUUACUCACCUUCAUGUCAUUUAAAAGGAUCUACACAGGACUUUCUUUUUUUGGAUCAGCAAAGGAAAACUUUACCACAAUGUCUUUGCUGCUCUCUUCCAUACAAUGAAAGCGGUUUUAAUACUUUACAUUCAGAGCUCUGAGUAAUAGAAUUCAAUUUGUUACUAUUAAUCAUCUUUUCUUGAUAAUCCUUCAUGACAUCCAUGAUUUGCAUUUGCUUUCAUUGUACUGAAAAGAUCAGUUUGGACACUCUGCUACUUUUGUGUUCCAUGAAAGAAAGAAAAAUAAUACAUGGAUUUAAAGACUUCAGAUUUUGGGUGGAUUAUUGCUUAAUGGUUUGCUAUUCUCUUGUAAAUUAAGCUUUAAAAAGUAAUGGUAACACUAACGGUACCUUCAAAACUCUGUGAUGCACUUUAUUGUCUUUCUUUACAUCCAUCCCUUUAUAAUGAAGGGACUGAACUUCAGCUAAUGAUCAGGUUUGAAGUGUAGGUUAAUAGACUCCACUGCUGCCGUGAAGGCUGCAGGAAUCAUAAUCUCUUUCUUUCUUUAUUAAUCCUUUCAGACGAUUUGCGCUCUGAAAUUUAGCAUGCAUCCACAGGGGAUUUUUACUCGCUCUAUCCAUUUUUGGGAUUUAUUCAGUGCCUUUUGCCAAUAUGGAUAGAUACUGCUAUGAGAAAUCAAAACAGACUUGUCUUUCUGAUGUGAGAGUUAGUUGGAUUAUCACAUUAUGCAACUGAUUUAAGUGAAGCCGGUUCAGUUUUUACUGACAGGAUAAGAUGACUUAUCAAGAUGAGAGAAAAGAAAAGAAAAAAGAAAAGGUAUGAGGUAUGUUUUACAGACAGUUGCCAGAUUUAGAGGUGAUAUAAAAUUGAAAAUAGAAAAAAUAGAAUUUGUACUAACAGAUUAGUUCUGUUUCUAAAAUGCUACAACACAAACUUCUGUCUAAAUUAACAUGAAGUAUAAUUUUAUCACUUGCAUUCUCACUUCUGUUAAGAAUAUAUUGUAAAGAAUUAUUUAUAUUUGACAUGAAGCUAAUUUUGCAUUGUCAACUGAUGAGCAUGGUCACUUUCUUUCCAGCCUUUCCACUUUAUGUCAAGGUUAUAUCCUGCAAGAGAAUAUGUACAGUCUAUAUCUAGCAAUCAAUGAUACAUAUCCAAUAUAGGCUAUUAAUGUAGUUAUAUGUUGCUAAGUGAGAUUAUUAUUGUAAUUGCAACUAAAUGAAAGCCUUUAACAAGUUACUUACUUUAUAUAAAGGAAAUGAUGAUAUCUCAUUAAUGCUAUGCAAUCAGUGAUAGUGCUGACAGUAGGCUACAUAGCCUUAAACAUGAAAAUGAAUAGUAGAAGGUGCUUUUGACAACAGCAUGAAGCUAGAAAAAAUUUGCCAUAGGAAAAUCUUUCAUUUCUCAAAAUUCUGUUGCUCAUAAAUCUAUAAAAUACUUCUAAAUACAUAAUACAGCUACUAUACAUAUCUUUUGUGAGCGAGCUAAAAUAAUAUAUUUUUACAUAUAUUUCAUUGAACAUUGUACUUUAAUCAGCUACUUAUGUCAUGUAUUUGCUCUCUGAGAUGUUUCAGUGUUGGGGAAUAUUUAACUGACAAGAGUAUGAUUCUUUAUGCUUGCGUUCAGAAAUACAGUCAUAACCUGAUUUAUGUUUUAAUUUUAUCUCCAGACAAGAGCCUUUAUUUGUGUUUUAUCUAACAAGACUGGGCUUACCUGCUGCACAGAUCAUGACAUGGCUACAAGAGGAAAGUUUAUGCUACAUGAAAUAUAUAAAAAAAGAAAAUGGUACAUACACUACAGAUCGGUACUCAGCUUCUGUACAUUUCAGGUGGCACAAUAAAGUAACCAAACAAAGCAGAA